CAAUUAUCCAGUUGACAAAAACUCAACUACCAGUACCAGCCAUGAACUCGAAAGCUCAAAACUUCAACACCAUUCCCUCUCUUACAAAAACCCCAAAUUCAAAUGGCCACGUGUCUCCCGUUCGGCACCAUCCCAUUCAAACCCCACUCCCCCCGCCCCGCUAAGAUUACCUGCUCCUCCACGGCAGCCCAAUCACAGCUCGCCAAGCAGCACCUCCUCAGCCUCAUCUCCGAUCAGGACCGAGGCCUCAAGACCCAGAACAACCCCGCAAAGCUCACCUCAAUCGUCAGCGCCAUCGACGACUUGGGUGCUCUGGGAAAAGAUAGUAUCACCACCGGCGGGUCGCUGUCGGCCACUUGGCGGCUGCUUUGGACGACAGAGAAGGAGCAGCUCUUCAUCAUCCAGAACGCUUCCUUGUUCGGCACGCGAACCGGCGACGUUUUGCAGGUCAUUGAUGUUGGGAAAAGGGUUCUCAACAAUGUCAUCACUUUUCCUCCAGAUGGGGUCUUCUUCGUCCGCUCUGAUAUCGCCGUCGCUUCAAAGCAGAGAGUCAAUUUUAAAUUUACAAGUGCGGUUCUACGAGGGAAGAAUUGGGAGAUUCCAUUGCCACCGUUUGGGCAGGGUUGCCAUUGGAUUGGAGGAGGAGAAGCAUAUCGGAGCGCCAAGGCCUUGACACUUGUCUUCUAUAGGCUGGAGCUUGCGCUGACGUCACGCUGACGUCGUCAGCCCCUCGGGCGAAACUGGCCUUCGGGCCAGCCCCCCCCACAAAUAGAUAGGCCAUAGUCCAUAGAGGUGGGAUAACUUUCUACCUUUCUAUCCCUCACUUUCCAUGAUUUAAACCCAACUCCUCAAUAAAGGGGAACGUAAUCACUUAGAGCACCUCCACCCCAAAGGGCAAGGGCAAGGCAAGGUUUGACACUAUUCAUGUGAAUAGUGGUAGCCAGUGGCGGACCUGUGCAGGCGCAAGGAGGUGCACCUGCACCUCCGGUUGCCGGAAAACUCCAUAAAAGCUGCUGAAGUUGCACCUCUGCUCAUGCACGGAAGCUGUUCGAUGAAAUGCGCAAGUGAAUUGCACUGCUCUUGAAUGAAAUGAUGGAGGAUGGGGUGGAGCCCAACUCAUUUACUUACUCAUCUGCUUUGAAAGCAUGCGCCCAGCUGGAAACCGUUCUGCACGGGAAAUUCCGUCUGCAAAUAAAAGUCCUGCCAUGUCUAAUGUUUUUGUGGGUAGCGUUUUGAUUUCUAUUAUGCAAAAUGUGGCUAUGUAACGGAGGCAUUUCAAGUUUUUGACAGCAUGCCAGAACGGAAUUUGGUUUCUUGGAAGGCUAUGAUAGUGGGUUGUGCAAA